GGGCCCCGCCCCCGCUCUCCAUAGUUACGGCGCCCUGAGGUGGCGGCCAUCUUGGCGGUGGAGCGAUGAGCGGGUCGAACCCGAAGGCUACGACCGCGGGGUCGCAGGCUGGGCCCGGCGGGCUGGUAGCUGGCAAGGAGGAGAAGAAGAAGGCGGGCGGCGGCGUCCUGAACCGGCUUAAGGCGCGGCGGCAGGGGCCGCCACACACGUCGGACGACGGCCCCGGGACCGCGGUCACGGAGCAGGAGCUGCUGGCACUGGACACGAUCCGCCCUGAGCACGUCCUACGCCUCAACCGGGUCACCGAGAAUUAUUUAUGUAAACCCGAGGACAAUGUCUACAGUAUUGACUUUACCCGCUUCAAAAUCCGAGAUCUGGAGACAGGGACGGUGCUCUUCGAGAUUGCCAAACCUUGCAUCUCAGACCAAGACCAGGACACAGAGGAGGAGAGUGUGGACGUAGACAUCAGCGUGGGGCGUUUCGUCCGCUAUCAGUUCACGCCAGCGUUCCUCCGCCUGCGGACCGUCGGUGCCACGGUAGAGUUCACCGUGGGCGACAGGCCGGUGACAGGCUUCCGGAUGAUCGAGCGGCACUACUUCCGGGAGCGGCUACUGAAGACCUUUGACUUUGAUUUCGGCUUCUGCAUCCCUAGCAGCAGAAACACGUGUGAGCACAUCUAUGAGUUCCCGCAGCUCUCAGAGGACGUCAUCCGUCUGAUGAUCGAGAACCCCUAUGAGACGCGCUCCGACAGCUUCUACUUUGUGGACAACAAGCUGAUCAUGCACAACAAGGCCGACUAUGCCUAUAACGGAGGCCAGUAAGCGCUGCACAGUGGACGGGAGGUCCUCUGCUGCCACCACGAGGCUCACAGCGGAACUGCAGCUGCUGCCCGUCAACACCCACCUUGAACCUGGUCCAGGAGGCUGCAUCUGGGGCGGUGAUGGUUUGUGCUCCAAGGCGGUGCCAGGCGGCAGUUUCUCUUCCCAGUGUUUGUUCUCUGCCCCUGGUUCACAGAGGUUUACAGUGAGGGAAAGAUUAGGGUAAGGUUCCCGGAUCCAGAUAAAAGCUUAUUUCUGUGUAGUCUUCCCAGUGUUUGUUCCCUGCCCCUGGUUCACGGAGGCUUUACAGUGAGGUAAAGAUUAGGGUAAGGUUCCCAGAUCCAGAUAAAAGCUUAUUUCUGUGUAGUCUUAGCCGUGCACUGCUUAUCCCGACAAGCCUGCCGGUCCAGGCACAGCUGUGUCAGCCAGAAGGCUUGGGCUGGGCCGGCCCGCAGGUUACCAGCCCUCUGCAGGCUCCUGGAUGCUGUGGGCAGCUGAGAGCGGCUCACUUCUCCCUCAUCCUGUGUCCUCGCUAUGCAGUUAGGCCAACUGGAAGAAACUUGAAGAGAGACUCUGGUAGGGCGGAGCCCAAGCUAAGGCACUGGGCUGGAAGGUCAAAGACAAAGUUUUUGAGGAGGCUUCUUACCUGCCUUUGAGAAGCCACAUCCAGGCCUCGGGGAGCCACAGUCUCAGCCUGACGGCACCCUCUGUUCUUGCUCUAGAAGCCGUGAGCUGCUCUGCUCUCCUGGCUGUGACCUUAACAUGUCCUGCUGUGGCCCUUGUCAGUUUUGUUCACAGAACGUGGUGUCGCUCUAGUUCAGUGCAGGCGGGUUGUGCUUUGUGCUCCUUAUUCUCAGACUUCUUUGGGGAAUUUUACAGUGUCAGUGUUUAGUGCCCAGGAGGCCGAUAGAUCUCCGAUAGGACUGAUUGGCUAAUGGGGCUCCUGUGGGAAGGCACAGUCGAGCUUUAGAGAGAGAGCUGACUGUACAGUGAGCCUGCAGGAGGCUCUGAGUGGGGAUUUGGCUCCAGAGCAGAGGCUCGUGUUUAGGAAGACUUUCCUACUGUUUGCCUUCCUUCCGCUGAAGUCCUUCCUCGAACCAUCUGCCACAGCAUGGUCCUGAGGAAUGACCAGUCUGACCUGCUGUCAAAUUGAUGCAUGUUUGGGUUUGGGAAGGGGCAGCAUAGGCUUCCUACACUUGUGGGCCUCAGGUGUCCUCAGUUCCCCACUGACCGACUCCCACCUCUUUGGCUCCCUUGGUUGUCCCUGUGGGUGGCUCUAGGACUCUGCUUGGCUGGGGUCUAUUUGGCAUUGAAUGAGGUGCAGGAGGGGCGCGUGUGCAUAAAGUGUCUCUGCGGCACCACAUCACCUGUUAUGUCACCUGUGACACGACCAGGGCCCCAAAGCAAAAGGACUUGCUUUGUCCAGUGUCGCUCUGCUGGCCUCUAAAGCAUUAGUGGGCUUGGAUUUGGACCCUUAUUCUAUGUCUGGCCAGCACCUGAUGGCCACGUGUGGGCAGCGUUGGGAAUGAGGAAGCCUGGCUCACCCUUCAUGCUGCACUGGAUUUAUCCACUGAGAUAAGCGAGCCCAGGUGACCAUUCCAGUGAUCUCAGAGCUGGAGUCCACUCCAAAUCUAGUGCCUUAAGUGUGGCUCUGCCCUAUGUGCUGCUGGGAGCUGCGGGGCCAUUGUCCUCCCUUUCCUAUAUACAGACAUGAGCAGUCUCUGCUUUCCCUCACCCGGCUCCUCUGGUGAGAUUUCCAUGUUCUUGACAAGCUUCAGAGCCCUUGCCCUGUUCCAGUCUGGUGAGGUAUUUGGUUCCCAGUGAGUGAGUGAGAACUACCAGGAUGUGCUUCCUGGGGCUGCGUGAGCUUUGCUCAGUGGAGCGCAGCCUGGGCUGCUCCUGUUUCCUGGCACUGUUUCCUGCCCGUCGUGCUGGCUUUUACUUGGAGAGUCCCGGGUGGAGGAGCUGGGCACACUGGCUUGAGACGGGUGGCAGCCUCUUGCUCACCAGCCUGUUCUCAGUGAGCGCACACUGAGGCCGGUGCUCAGUCAGCCUGCUAGGAUGGAGCAGUCUCCUUAGCUCCUGAAGGGCCAGGAAUCCCUGUCUGGCUGCGAACGGAUGCAUCUGCUCUUUGCUAGAGAGUUUGAAAUCCCGGCUUUUGUGCCUGACUUGAGGAAACUGGAAGUCCUCUUGGUGAACGACUGACAGCAGAGGCAUGUGCAGGAGCCCCAGUGGUUAGAGCAGCUUCCUGUGACACCGAGGGAGACAGAGUCAGUGCUGGGGGCGCAUGCCCCUUGCCCAGAGCAGCCCCAGGGGACCUCCCCGCAGCUGGGCAGAAGCCCCCCUGGUACGAGGCAGGUUCUGCUUGGUCUCUAUCCUUGGCCUAUGCCUUGGGGCCAAGCUGCCUAAACCAUGAACACAGGAGUAAAGAUAGCCAGUACCUGGGCUGGUGUCAGCUGUUGUCUCAGCUCAGCUCAGCACUGUCUCGUACGAACCUUCUGAAGCUUCUCUAGGCUCUGGGCAUCUGAUUCCCAGUUCCUGGGGACAGCACCUUGUUGUGUCCGGGAUGGGCCAUAGACUCAGAUUCUGAAAACAUCCACAUUCCGUGUCCAGAGCAUCAUAGCCAGGGAGUCUGGAAGAGGUGGGCUCACCCUUGUUUCAUAAAGGAUCAUGUGGUGAUGUCCCUCGAGUUGUGAAAGUCUAUUUUCCCUGUAAAUCUAUUUUUCACAGAAUUUUAGAAACAUCUCUGUCCUUAAAAUCCUCAUUUCAAAAACCUAGGUGAUUCUAUUUGUAUGAGAUGCUAUUUUACCACCAGAGACGGUAAUAAAGAUUUUUCACAAU